CCGCCCCCCACAUCCGGGGGCCGGGCCGGGCUCUGGGGCUCGCGCCGGGCGGGUGAGUCAGGCCGGGUUUUCCCUCCGCCUCUGGGGCCAACACAAGACUGUCGCCCGGCGCGUCCUCUGCCUGCCGAUCCGGCUCCCGCGCCUUCCCGAAGAGCGUGCGAAGAGAAAGGUUCGGGACCGAGUCAGGGACUGCAGCGCGCCCUGAGAUCCUCGGCGCCAGCAUGAAUCAGCUGCCUGUGCCCUGCUGAACCUUCAUGGCCACGGCCUCAGGCCCUGCUGGCAUUGCCAUGGGCAGCGUAGGCAGCCUGUUGGAACGGCAGGACUUUUCCCCUGAAGAACUUCGUGCCGCUCUGGCUGGGUCCCGGGGCUCCCGGCAGGCUGACGGGCUCCUCCGGAAAGGCUUGGGCCAGCGCGAACUCUUCAGCUACCUGCAUCUCCCCAAGAAGGACGGCAAGAGCGGCAAGCGAGCACCUCGGAAUGAACCGGACUAUGCCACCCUCUACUACCGGGAGCAUCCUCGGGCCGGUGACUUCAGCAAGACUUCCCUGCCUGAGCGGGGUCGCUUUGACAAGUGCCGAAUCCGUCCUUCGGUGUUCAAGUCUCCUGUGGGCACCGGGAAAGGCUUCCUGUCCAUGCAGAGCCUGGCAGCCCACAAGGGGCAGAAGUUGUGGCGAAGCAAUGGCAGUCUGCACACGCUGGCCUGCCACCCACCUCUGAGUCCUGGGCCUCGGGCCAGUCAAGCCCGUGCACAGUUGCUUCAUGCCCUCAGCUUAGAUGAAGGUGGCCCUGAGCCCAGCCUUUCGGACUCUUCCAGUGGGGGGAGUUUUGGCCGUAGUCCAGGCACUGGCUCCAGCCCCUUCAGCUCCUCCUUGGGCCACAUUAAUCACCUUGGGGGCUCAUUGGACCGUGCUUCAAGGAGCCCUAAGGAGUCUGGACCUCUGGCUGUACUGAGCUGCCUGCCUGAGCCACCUCCCCCGUAUGAGUUUUCCUGUCCCACUGGUGAGGAGGUAGCCGUGUUGCCUGAGACCUGUGAGGAACUCAAGAGGGACCUCAGUGACCAGGAUGUCUCUAACCCCUUUACUCAGGUGCUAGAGGAGCGCCAGCGGUUGUGGUUGUCUGAACUGAAGCGCCUGUACGUGGAACGGCUGCAUGAGGUGGCCCAGAAAGCUGAGCGCAGCGAGCGCAACCUCCAGCUGCAGCUGUUUAUGGCCCAACAGGAGCAGCGGCGCCUGCGCAAGGAGCUGCGGGCUCAACAGGGCCUGGCACCAGAGCCUCGGACCUCUGGUCCCCAAGUGGAGGCUGACCCUAAUGCCCGGCCAGAGGAGGAAGCCCGAUGGGAGGUGUGCCAGAAGACCGCGGAGAUUAGCCUGUUGAAACAGCAGCUUCGGGAAGCCCAGGCAGAGCUGGCACAGAAGCUGGCUGAGAUCUUCAGUCUGAAGACGCAACUUCGGGGCAGCAGGGCACAAGCCCAGGCUCAGGACGCUGAGCUGGCUCGGCUGCGGGAGGCAGUGCGCAGCCUGCAAGAGCAAGCGCCUCGGGAGGAAGCUCCAGGCAUCUGCGAGACAGAUGACUGCAAGAGCCAGGGACUGCUAGGAGAGGCAGGAGGCAGUGAAGCCAGCGAAGGGGCCACCGAGCAGCUGCGGGCGGAGCUGCUGCAAGAGCGGCUUCGUGGCCAGGAGCAGGCGCUGCGCUUCGAGCAGGAGCGGCAGACUUGGCAGGAGGAAAAGGAGAGGGUGCUGCGCUACCAGCGAGAAAUCCAGGGGGGCUACAUGGACAUGUACCGGAGGAACCAGGCACUCGAACAGGAGCUGCGAGUGCUGCGGGAGCCCCCUACACCCUGGAGUCCCCGGCUGGAGUCCUCCAAAAUCUGACACUGGCCAAGUGUGCUGACAGUUGGCAUGCUGCCAGAAGAUGGCCUGAGAUGGCAGGCUCCUCCCUUGCCUCCCUUGCUCUGGUCUGAGGCAGAAUCUGUAAAGGCCAGUUCAGGGAUGGGAGGCCCACCCAGAGGAGGGCUCCUGCAGGCAAUGGACUAGGAUAGGGUACCUGCUCUAGAAGCUAUGGCAAAGUCUUGCUGGCAGAGAAACAGACCCAGGCAGGGCCCAGCCCUGCUCCCUGCAGUGGGUGUGGCCCAGUAAAGUAGGUUGGAGCCAUCGAAGUCUCAGCCCCAGGAUGCAGAAGGGCAGGAGCAAGGGUGGGUGGCUGGAGACCUGGUCUGAGGUCCUCCAUGGAAGGAGCCGGGGUGGGAAGACUAGCCUCCUCCACAAUAAAAGCACAUUUUUUAUGAGGAGGCCCAGUUGAUAACAUUGUCCUUGGCCUGAGUCCAGAAGAUCCUGGUUGAUCAGUGUUCCAGGCCUUGGGCCUAGGCUGCAGCUCUUACCGUGGUCAUGGUCGUGGGAAGAGUGUGCCCUGUGCAGUCUCUGAUCGUAUGUGUUGGAGGAUGGAGGAGUGUUACUCCGUGCUUCCCUACCACACAGUCCUUAGCUGCUGUGUGGGCUGCAGCCCCUUUCUUCAGCACCAUCAGAUGUUUGAGAAGAAACAAUACAGGGGGAACAAAAGGAUUGGUCGACGGAAGCAUUUGCAGAACACAAAGUGUUCUGGUGGGAUGUCUAGACCCUGGGCGCCCAGGCAGCCGCUGGGUUUGGAGUGGGCUCAAGGCAGCUUCCUCCGUAACAUGUAAAAGCUCCUGUGGGCUCUGCCACCUCCAGCUGUGGUGUGCCCCUCCCUCCAUGGCCAGGGGCCAGAGGCAGGUGCAGGAACUGUGGGUCAUUUCCAUAGGCAGUAGAGGCCUGUGGGGUAUUUGAUUUAUGCAGAAGAACUGAUUUGUGUUGGGGGAAGGAGUCCCUCAUUCUGUACCUGCUCAAAACUGACCUUUUAAACCUCUGCUUCCAGCUAAAGCUGAUCCCAGGUCCUCUGAAACCCUCAGCCACCCCUACCUUAGCUGUGGCCUGCACCUAAGGGCUUUGCUCCCCUUGGGUUAGUGACUGAUUCAGCUGAUACUUCUGCCUACUUCCUUACCUCCCUCCCUCCCAUCCCUCAUCAGGGUUUUGCUGCAUAGACCAAACUUAGCAUGGAAUCCUGUGUACACCAGGCUUGCCUUGAGUGAUUCUGCUGCCCAAGUGCUGGAAUUUUAGACCCGUGCUACAUACACCUUAGCCUGCCUGCUUUCCUUUUACCUUGCUUUAGACAGUGUCUCCCAAUAUAGCCCAAGCUGGCCUUGAACUCAGACUCCUGCCCCUGCCUCCCAAAUGCAGGGAUUAUAGACAUGCACCUCCACUUUGGGCUCCCUUCCUCUAGAGCAGUGGUUCUCAGCCUUCCUAAUUCCUCAAUUCUUUAGUACAGUUCCUCAUGUUGUGGUGACCCCCAACCAUAAAAUUAUUUUUGUUGCUGCUUCAUAACUAAUUUUGCUACUGUUAUGAAUUGUAUCUGUGUUUUCCGAUGGUCUUGGUGAUCCCUGUGAAAGGACACCCGUCCCCCUCA